UCAGUUACCCGCUCGUCCAUAGACAGUUAAAGAAGCGCUCGCCGUGAAAACAACAUGCAGGCUGUAAAAGUUAGCUACAGGCUGCUAACUUAGCGUUUAAUAAAUACAAUUUUGUGUAUUACGUAAAUACAACUUUGUGUGUACGGUUAAUUAACUCGAAUGUAUCAAUAUAUGAUGCUGUGGGAGUGUAUGUGCUACUAAACAUGGACAUAUUUAGAGAAGAGCCAGAGUUUGCCGACAUUCGAGUUCAAAGGGUUGUGGAUUUGUUUGAUAAUCAACCUGGUUUUCAAAGGAUAGUAAGACUUGGCCUUGUUGCGAAUAUGGAAUACGAUGAUGAGCGAGACGUUACAGAUGAUUAUGGAAUUGAAAAUUGGGCACACGAUCAUAACAAUUGCCAGGGAUUCCCAGUACUCCCUGGUUGGAUUAGUGAAAGGUUGAACCAUACAAGGUCAUCCAGAUCUGUUUAUCAACCCCCACUGCGUUACUACACUUCGACUUGUGACAUUCCUCGCCCAUCCUCUGUGGAAGUUCAUGCAAGGGAGAGUGACUCUGAAAGAAAAGCCAGAUUAUUAGAAGAAGAGAAAAAAGGCAAAGAAAAAGCUGAGAAGAAGCGACUUAAAAAACAAAAACGGAAAGAAAGAAAACGACUUGAGAAGUUGGAGAAGGAAAAACAGAACCCCAUAACAAAUGAAGAGGGAAAAGAUGUAGAGGAAUCUAAAGCAGGCGAGAGCCCACCAGCUAACGAUGAAUCCAAAAACAAUACAAUUUCCAGUGUAGAACCGUUGGCUACAGCCAAAGAUACCGACAGCAGUGACAGUAGUGAAGACGACUCCAGUGGUGACGAUAGCGACACCCAGAAUGACUCGGCCGAAUGUGAGGAACUGGACAUGACUAGUACUUUUGUAAAUAAAGCUGCUCUUAUAGCCAGGCGUAAACUGGAGCAGAAGCCCAGGCCUGAGAGGAAGCAGAAAAAGAAGACCCCGGUUAAAGAAGAAGCAAAAACUGUCCCUGACAAAUCUGAUAAAGACCUGGAGGGGGAAAAGAAGGAUUCUGUUGCCCCUAGCAACCCCACUAAUGUAGAUAACCUAAAAAUAAGUACUGAUCUUGCGGUUAUUGGAAAUAGGUUUGCAAGUGCCGGAGACUUUAAUAUGGCUGUGAAGUAUUUCACGGAUGCAAUUAAGUACAACCCUACAGAGUUUAAGUUGUUUGGAAAUCGCUCCUUCUGUUUUGAAAAGAUGCAAGAAUACGAGAAGGCGUUGACCGACGCGGAGUUGUCUCUCAGCAUGUGUCCAGGUUGGGUUAAAGGCCUGUUUAGGAGGGGCAGAGCUUUGGCAGGUCUACAGCGGUAUGAGGAGGCGGCCCACGCCUUCAGGGAGGUGCUCAAACUGGACAGCUCAUGUGCAGACGCCGCCCAGGAGCUGAUGCGGGUGCAGAUAACACAACUAAUGGCGUAUGGUUUCACUCGGGAGCAGAGCUCGAACGCUUUAAUAAUUCACGGGACAGUAAAUAAAGCUCUAGAGGUGCUGUCCAAAUUAAACCAUCGACCAGGAGCUAUUCAAACUGGCCCUCUGCAGCCAGCGCAACUAGCGAAUGUGACUGGAGUGUCUCCAGUCCUGUCAGCCAAUACAGUCCCUGCUCAUCCCCCCCACUCCCAGGAUGCACCGAAAACAGCAUUUAAGAACAAACCUUUAGGCCCAGUCCAGAACGUGAUGAAUGUCCCGGGUCAGCCGAAGCCCAUUCCAAAUCAGGCUGUGAAGACACACCAUGAAGACAGUCGUCCCCCACAAGAGCUGUUUCCAGUUUGGGUGGGGAACCUGGUUUACCCAGUAACUGAGUCUGUGGUGACCAACAUAUUUAACAAGGCGGGGGUGGUCCAUAGUGUCAAGGUUCUGACACACAAACGGUGUGCCUUCGUAAACUUUACAAAACAAGAGCAUUGUGAUGAAGCUAUCAGGCGCUUCCAUGGCUUUGAGUUGAACGGGAUGAAGAUCGCUGUGAGGUAUCCAGACAGGAUUCCUCCGGGCAUGGGCAUUUCCAGAUCUGCCCUCAAAGCUGACGACCUGCAAGAUGACUAUACGCGGCCAAACGAGUACAUUGAUGGGAGGGGGGCAGUUGGAAGCCGAAGACCACUCCGUCCCUACAGACCCGUCCCCGACUACAGAGGCAACAACAACAACAACUACUACUACUGAAGGGAACCAGACGCUUCUGAACACGUCGGACUGUCCCGAUGCACAUUAAUAUCACUGAUAUCAACGCAAAACAAAUACUUAAGAUUUUUGUUUCUAAAAAGAAAA